CGUAAAUCGGCAGCGAUGAAAAUAAAUAAAUCUUUGAGACAUUAUAUAAUAUUCAAUGUGUUAACAGUGGUACUAAUAGUGCAGAUAAAAGCCGAAAAUAAAGAAACAUUACAGAAACGGAGUUAUCAAAAUGAUAAUGGCAUAACUAUAAGUGAUUUGUUAAAUAAAGUUUUGCCAAUCCAAAAAUUUAAUCGUUACCGAUCACAUAAAUACGAUGACGGGGCACAAAGGUUAACAAUCGGAAACACUGUCUACAAUUUGACAAAAGCAGAUGGCUCUGAAGGUGACACUACCAUACAGGAUUUAACACCAAUUCCUGUCGAAACUACCACAGCUGGCCAGGACUCAACUUCUGAAGAUAGCACCACUAUCGAGGAUGCUACAACUGUCCCUGACGAAAACACUACAACUGGAUCUGGAGAUGGCACUACCGUAGAGGAUUCAACACCGAUUCCCGACGAAACUACCACUGCUGGCCGGGACUCAACUCCUGAAGAUAGCACCACUAUCGAGGAUGCUACAACUGUUCCUGACGAAAACACUACAGCAGGAUCUGGAGAUGACACUACCGUAGAGGAUUCAACACCGAUUCCCGACGAAACUACCACUGCUGGCCAGGACUCAACUCCUGAAGAUAGCACCACUAUAGAGGAUGCUACAACUGUUCCUGACGAAAACACUACAGCUGCAUCUAAAGAUGACACUACCGUAGAGGAUUCAACACCUAUUCCUGAAGAAACUACCACAGCUGCCCAGGACUCAACUGCUGAAGAUAGCACCAAUAUCGAGGAUGCUACAACUGUUCCUGACGAAAACACUACAGCAGGAUCUGGAGAUGACACUACCGUAGGGGAUUCAACACCGAUUCCCGACGAAACUACCACAGCUGCCCAGGACUCAACUCCUGAAGAUAGCACCACUAUCGAGGAUGCUACAACUGUUCCUGACGAAAACACUACAGCUGGAUCUGGGGAUGACACUACCGUAGAAGAUUCAACACCUAUUCGUGAAGAAACUACCACAGCUGCCCAGGACUCAACUCCUGAAGAUAGCACCACUACCGAGGAUGCUUCAACUGUUCCUGACGAAAGCACUACAUCUGGAUCUGGAGAUGACACUACCGUAGAGGAUUCAACACCUAUUCCUGAAGAAACUACCACAGCUGCCCAGGACUCAACUCCUGAAGAUAGAACCACUACCGAGGAUGCUACAACUGUUCCUGACGAAAACACUACAGCUGGAUCUAAAGAUGACACUACCGUAGAGGAUUCAACACCUAUUCCUGAAGAAACUACCACAGCUGCCCAGGACUCAACUCCUGAAGAUAGCACCACUACCGAGGAUGCUUCAACUGUUCCUGACGAAAACACUACAGCUGGAUCUGGAGAUGACACUACCGAAGAGGAUUCAACACCUAUUCCUGAAGAAACUACCACAGCUGCCCAGGACUCAACUCCUGAAGAUAGCACCACUAUAGAGGAUGCUACAACUGUUCCUGACGAAAACACUACAGCUGCAUCUAAAGAUGACACUACCGUAGAGAAUUCAACACCUAUUCCUGAAGAAACUACCACAGCUGCCCAGGACUCAACUCCUGAAGAUAGCACCACUACCGAGGAUGCUUCAACUGUUCCUGACGAAAACACUACAGCUGGAUCUGGAGAUGACACUACCGUAGAUGAUUCAACACCGAUUCCCGACGAAACUACCACAGCUGGCCAGGACUCCACUCCUGAAGGCACCACUGUCGAGGAUGCUACAACUGUUCCUGACGAAAACACUACAGCUGGAUCUGGAGAUGACACUACCGUAGAGGAUUCAACACCGAUUCCCGACGAAACUACCACAGCUGCCCAGGACUCAACUCCUGAAGAUAGCACCACUAUCGAGGAUGCUACAACGGCUCCUGACGAAAACACUACAGCUGGAUCUGGAGAUGACACUACCGUAGAGGAUUCAACACCGAUUCCCGACGAAACUACCACUGCUGGCCGGGACUCAACUUCUGAAGAUAGCACCACUAUCGAGGAUGCUACAACUGUUCCUGAUGAAAACACUACAGCUGGAUCUGGGGAUGACACUACCGUAGAGGAUUCAACACCUAUUCCUGAAGAAACUACCACAGCUGCCCAGGACUCAACUCCUGAAGAUAGCACCACUAUCGAGGAUGCUACAACGGCUCCUGACGAAAACACUACAGCUGGAUCUGGAGAUGACACUACCGUAGAGGAUUCAACACCGAUUCCCGACGAAACUACCACUGCUGGCCGGGACACAACUCCUGAAGAUAGCACCACUAUCGAGGAUGCUACAACGGCUCCUGACGAAAACACUACAGCAGGAUCUGGAGAUGACACUACCGUAGAGGAUUCAACACCGAUUCCCGACGAAACUACCACUGCUGGCCAGGACUCAACUCCUGAAGAUAGCACCACUAUAGAGGAUGCUACAACUGUUCCUGACGAAAACACUACAGCUGCAUCUAAAGAUGACACUACCGUAGAGGAUUCAACACCUAUUCCUGAAGAAACUACCACAGCUGCCCAGGACUCAACUGCUGAAGAUAGCACCAAUAUCGAGGAUGCUACAACUGUUCCUGACGAAAACACUACAGCUGGAUCUGGAGAUGACACUACCGUAGGGGAUUCAACACCGAUUCCCGACGAAACUACCACAGCUGCCCAGGACUCAACUCCUGAAGAUAGCACCACUAUCGAGGAUGCUACAACUGUUCCUGACGAAAACACUACAGCUGGAUCUGGGGAUGACACUACCGUAGAAGAUUCAACACCUAUUCGUGAAGAAACUACCACAGCUGCCCAGGACUCAACUCCUGAAGAUAGCACCACUACCGAGGAUGCUUCAACUGUUCCUGACGAAAGCACUACAUCUGGAUCUGGAGAUGACACUACCGUAGAGGAUUCAACACCUAUUCCUGAAGAAACUACCACAGCUGCCCAGGACUCAACUCCUGAAGAUAGCACCACUACCGAGGAUGCUACAACUGUUCCUGACGAAAACACUACAGCUGGAUCUAAAGAUGACACUACCGUAGAGGAUUCAACACCUAUUCCUGAAGAAACUACCACAGCUGCCCAGGACUCAACUCCUGAAGAUAGCACCACUACCGAGGAUGCUUCAACUGUUCCUGACGAAAACACUACAGCUGGAUCUGGAGAUGACACUACCGAAGAGGAUUCAACACCUAUUCCUGAAGAAACUACCACAGCUGCCCAGGACUCAACUCCUGAAGAUAGCACCACUAUAGAGGAUGCUACAACUGUUCCUGACGAAAACACUACAGCUGCAUCUAAAGAUGACACUACCGUAGAGAAUUCAACACCUAUUCCUGAAGAAACUACCACAGCUGCCCAGGACUCAACUCCUGAAGAUAGCACCACUACCGAGGAUGCUUCAACUGUUCCUGACGAAAACACUACAGCUGGAUCUGGAGAUGACACUACCGUAGAUGAUUCAACACCGAUUCCCGACGAAACUACCACAGCUGGCCAGGACUCCACUCCUGAAGGCACCACUGUCGAGGAUGCUACAACUGUUCCUGACGAAAACACUUCAGCUGGAUCUGGAGAUGACACUACCGUAGAGGAUUCAACACCGAUUCCCGACGAAACUACCACAGCUGCCCAGGACUCAACUCCUGAAGAUAGCACCACUAUCGAGGAUGCUACAACGGCUCCUGACGAAAACACUACAGCUGGAUCUGGAGAUGACACUACCGUAGAGGAUUCAACACCGAUUCCCGACGAAACUACCACUGCUGGCCGGGACUCAACUUCUGAAGAUAGCACCACUAUCGAGGAUGCUACAACUGUUCCUGAUGAAAACACUACAGCUGGAUCUGGAGAUGACACUACCGUAGAGGAUUCAACACCUAUUCCUGAAGAAACUACCACAGCUGCCCAGGACUCAACUCCUGAAGAUAGCACCACUAUCGAGGAUGCUACAACGGCUCCUGACGAAAACACUACAGCUGGAUCUGGAGAUGACACUACCGUAGAGGAUUCAACACCGAUUCCCGACGAAACUACCACUGCUGGCCGGGACACAACUCCUGAAGAUAGCACCACUAUCGAGGAUGCUACAACUGUUCCUGACGAAAACACUACAGCUGGAUCUGGGGAUGACACUACCGUAGAGGAUUCAACACCUAUUCCUGAAGAAACUACCACAGCUGGCCAGGACUCAACUCCUGAAGAUAGCACCACUAUCGAGGAUGCAACAACGGCUCCUGACGAAAACACUACAGCUGGAUCUGGAGAUGACACUACCGUAGAGGAUUCAACACCUAUUCCUGAAGAAACUACCACAGCUGCCCACGACUCAACUCCUGAAGAUAGCACCACUAUCGAGGAUGCUACAACUGUUCCUGACGAAAACACUACAUCUGGAUCUGCAGAUGUCACUACCGUAGAGGAUUCAACACCGAUUCCCGACGAAACUACCACUGCUGGCCGGGACUCAACUCCUGAAGAUAGCACCACUAUCGAGGAUGCUACAACUGUUCCUGACGAAAACACUACAGCAGGAUCUGGAGAUGACACUACCGUAGAGGAUUCAACACCUAUUCCUGAAGAAACUACCACAGCUGCCCAGGACUCAACUGCUGAAGAUAGCACCAAUAUCGAGGAUGCUACAACUGUUCCUGACGAAAACACUACAGCUGGAUCUGGAGAUGACACUACCGCAGGGGAUUCAACACCGAUUCCCGACGAAACUACCACAGCUGCCCAGGACUCAACUCCUGAAGAUAGCACCACUAUCGAGGAUGCUACAACUGUUCCUGACGAAAACACUACAGCUGGAUCUGGGGAUGACACUACCGUAGAGGAUUCAACACCUAUUCCUGAAGAAACUACCACAGCUGCCCAGGACUCAACUCCUGAAGAUAGCACCACUAUAGAGGAUGCUACAACUGUUCCUGACGAAAACACUACAGCUGCAUCUAAAGAUGACACUACCGUAGAGGAUUCAACACCUAUUCGUGAAGAAACUACCACAGCUGCCCAGGACUCAACUCCUGAAGAUAGCACCACUACCGAGGAUGCUUCAACUGUUCCUGACAAAAACACUACAGCUGGAUCUGGAGAUGACACUACCGUAGAUGAUUCAACACCUAUUCCUGAAGAAGCUACCACAGCUGCCCAGGACUCAACUCCUGAAGAUAGCAGCACUACCGCGGAUGCUACAACUGUUCCUGACGAAAACACUACAGCUGCAUCUAAAGAUGACACUACCGUAGAGGAUUCAACACGUAUUAAUGAAGAAACUACCACAGCUGCCCAGGACUCAACUCCUGAAGAUAGCACCACUACCGAGGAUGCUUCAACUGUUCCUGACGAAAACACUACAGCUGGAUCUGGAGAUGACACUACCGUAGAGGAUUCAACACCUAUUCCUGAAGAAACUACCACAGCUGCCCAGGACUCAACUCCUGAAGAUAGCACCACUAUAGAGGAUGCUACAACUGUUCCUGACGAAAACACUACCGCUGCAUCUAAAGAUGACACUACCGUAGAGGAUUCAACACCUAUUCCUGAAGAAACUACCACAGCUGCCCAGGACUCAACUCCUGAAGAUAGCACCACUACCGAGGAUGCUUCAACUGUUCCUGACGAAAACACUACAGCUGGAUCUGGAGAUGACACUACCGUAGAUGAUUCAACACCGAUUCCCGACGAAACUACCACAGCUGGCCAGGACUCAACUCCUGAAGAUAGCACCACUAUCGAGGAUGCUACAACUGUUCCUGACGAAAACACUACAGCUGGAUCUGGAGAUGACACUACCGAAGAGGAUUCAACACCGAUUCCCGACGAAACUACCACUGCUGGCCAGGACUCAACUCCUGAAGAUAGCACCACUAUAGAGGAUGCAACAACUGUUCCUGACGAAAACACUACAGCUGCAUCUAAAGAUGACACUACCGUAGAGGAUUCAACACCUAUUCCUGAAGAAACUACCACAGCUGCCCAGGACUCAACUGCUGAAGAUAGCACCAAUAUCGAGGAUGCUACAACUGUUCCUGACGAAAACACUACAGCUGGAUCUGGAGAUGACACUACGGCAGGGGAUUCAACACCGAUUCCCGACGAAACUACCACAGCUGCCCAGGACUCAACUCCUGAAGAUAGCACCACUAUCGAGGAUGCUACAACUGUUCCUGACGAAAACACUACAGCUGGAUCUGGGGAUGACACUACCGUAGAGGAUUCAACACCUAUUCCUGAAGAAACUACCACAGCUGCCCAGGACUCAACUCCUGAAGAUAGCACCACUAUAGAGGAUGCUACAACUGUUCCUGACGAAAACACUACAGCUGCAUCUAAAGAUGACACUACCGUAGAGGAUUCAACACCUAUUCGUGAAGAAACUACCACAGCUGCCCAGGACUCAACUCCUGAAGAUAGCACCACUACCGAGGAUGCUUCAACUGUUCCUGACAAAAACACUACAGCUGGAUCUGGAGAUGACACUACCGUAGAUGAUUCAACACCUAUUCCUGAAGAAGCUACCACAGCUGCCCAGGACUCAACUCCUGAAGAUAGCAGCACUACCGCGGAUGCUACAACUGUUCCUGACGAAAACACUACAGCUGCAUCUAAAGAUGACACUACCGUAGAGGAUUCAACACGUAUUAAUGAAGAAACUACCACAGCUGCCCAGGACUCAACUCCUGAAGAUAGCACCACUACCGAGGAUGCUUCAACUGUUCCUGACGAAAACACUACAGCUGGAUCUGGAGAUGACACUACCGUAGAGGAUUCAACACCUAUUCCUGAAGAAACUACCACAGCUGCCCAGGACUCAACUCCUGAAGAUAGCACCACUAUAGAGGAUGCUACAACUGUUCCUGACGAAAACACUACCGCUGCAUCUAAAGAUGACACUACCGUAGAGGAUUCAACACCUAUUCCUGAAGAAACUACCACAGCUGCCCAGGACUCAACUCCUGAAGAUAGCACCACUACCGAGGAUGCUUCAACUGUUCCUGACGAAAACACUACAGCUGGAUCUGGAGAUGACACUACCGUAGAUGAUUCAACACCGAUUCCCGACGAAACUACCACAGCUGGCCAGGACUCAACUCCUGAAGAUAGCACCACUAUCGAGGAUGCUACAACUGUUCCUGACGAAAACACUACAGCUGGAUCUGGAGAUGACACUACCGAAGAGGAUUCAACACCGAUUCCCGACGAAACUACCACUGCUGGCCGGGACUCAACUCCUGAAGAUAGCACCACUAUCGAGGAUGCUACAACUGUCCCUGACGAAAACACUACAGCUGGAUCUGGAGAUGACACUACCGAAGAUGAUUCAACACCGAUUCCCGAUGAAACUACCACUGCUGGCCAGGACUCAACUCCUGAAGAUAGCACCACUAUCGAGGAUGCUACAACUGUUCCUGACGAAAACACUACAGGUGGAUCUGGAAAUGACACUACCGUAGAGGAUUCAACACCGAUUCCCGACGAAACUACCACUGCUGGCCGGGACUCAACUCCUGAAGAUAGCACCACUAUCGAGGAUGCUACAACUGUUCCUAACGAAAACACUACAGCUGGAUCUGGGGAUGACACUACCGUAGAGGAAUCAACACCUAUUCCUGAAGAAACUACCACAGCUGCCCAGGACUCAACUCCUGAAGAUAGCACCACUACCGAGGAUGCUUCAACUGUUCCUGACGAAAACACUACAGCUGGAUCUGGAGAUGACACUACCGUAGAGGAUUAUACACCUAUUCCUGAAGAAACUACCACAGCUGCCCAGGACUCAACUCCUGAAGAUAGCACCACUAUAGAGGAUGCUACAACUGUUCCUGACGAAAACACUACAGCUGCAUCUAAAGAUGACACUACCGUAGAGGAUUCAACACCUAUUCCUGAAGAAACUACCACAGCUGCCCAGGACUCAACUCCUGAAGAUAGCACCACUACCGAGGAUGCUUCAACUGUUCCUGACGAAAACACUACAGCUGGAUCUGGAGAUGACACUACCGUAGAGGAUUCAACACCUAUUCCUGAAGAAACUACCACAGCUGCCCAGGACUCAGCUCCUGAAGAUAGCACCACUAUAGAGGAUGCUACAACUGUUCCUGACGAAAACACUACAGCUGCAUCUAAAGAUGACACUACCGUAGAGGAUUCAACACCUAUUCCUGAAGAAACUACCACAGCUGCCCAGGACUCAACUCCUGAAGAUAGCACCACUACCGAGGAUGCUUCAACUGUUCCUGACGAAAACAUUACAGCUGGAUCUGGAGAUGACACUACCGUAGAUGAUUCAACACCGAUUCCUGAAGAAACUACCACAGCUGCCCAGGACUCAACUCCUGAAGAUAGCACCACUACCGAGGAUGCUUCAACUGUUCCUGACGAAAACACUACAGCUGGAUCUGGAGAUGACACUACCGUAGGGGAUUCAACACCUAUUCCUGAAGAAACUACCACAGCUGCCCAGGACUCAAAUCCUGAAGAUAGCACCACUACCGAGGAUGCUUCAACUGUUCCUGACGAAAACACUACAGCUGGAUCUGGAGAUGACACUAUCGUAGAUGAUUCAACACCGAUUCCCGACGAAACUACCACAGCUGGCCAGGACUCCACUCCUGAAGGCACCACUGUCGAGGAUGCUACAACGGCUCCUGACGAAAACACUACAGCUGGGUCUGGAGAUGACACUACCGUAGAUGAUUCAACACCGAUUCCCGACAAAACUACCACAGCUGGCCAAGACUCAACUCCUGAAGAUAGCACCACUAUCGAGGACGCUACAACUGUUCCUGACGAAAACACUACAGCUGGAUCUGGAGAUGACACUACCGUAGAGGAUUCAACACCGAUUCCCGACGAAACUACCACUGCUGGCCGGGACUCAACUCCUGAAGAUAGCACCACUGUCGAGGAUGCUACAACUGUUCCUGACGAAAACACUACAGCUGGAUCUGGGGAUGACACUACCGUAGAGGAUUCAACACCUAUUCCUGAAGAAACUACCACAGCUGCCCAGGACUCAACUCCUGAAGACAGCACCACUUCCGAGCAUGCUUCAACUGUUCCUGACGAAAUCACUACAGCUGGAUCUGGAGAUGACACUACCGUAGAUGAUUCAACACCGAUUCCCGACGAAACUACCACAGCUGGUCAGGACUCCACUCCUGAAGGCACCACUGUCGAGGAUGCUACAACUGUUCCUGACGAAAACACUACAGCUGCAUCUAAGGAUGACACUACCGUAGAGAAUUCAACACCUAUUCCUGAAGAAACUACCACAGCUGCCCAGGACUCAACUCCUGAAGAUAGCACCACUACCGAGGAUGCUUCAACUGUUCCUGACGAAAACACUACAGCUGGAUCUGGAGAUGACACUACCGUAGAGGAUUCAACACCUAUUCCUGAAGAAACUACCACAGCUGCCCAGGACUCAACUCCUGAAGAUAGCACCACUAUAGAGGAUGCUACAACUGUUCCUGACGAAAACACUACAGCUGCAUCUAAAGAUGACACUACCGUAGAGGAUUCAACACCUGUUCCUGAAGAAACUACCACAGCUGCCCAGGACUCAACUCCUGAAGAUAGCACCACUACCGAGGAUGCUUCAACUGUUCCUGACGAAAACACUACAGCUGGAUCUGGAGAUGACACUACCGUAGAGGAUUCAACACCGAUUCCCGACGAAACUACCACAGCUGGCCAGGACUCAACUCUUGAAAAUAGCACCACUAUCGAGGCUGCUACAACUGUUCCUGACGAAAACACUACAGCUGGAUCUAAAGAUGACACUACCGUAGAGGAUUCAACACCUAUUCCUGAAGAAACUACCACAGCUGCCCAGGACUCAACUGCUGAAGAUAGCACCAAUAUCGAGGAUGCUACAACUGUUCCUGACGAAAACACUACAGCUGGAUCUGGAGAUGACACUACCGUAGGGGAUUCAACACUGAUUCCCGACGAAACUACCACAGCUGCCCAGGACUCAACUCGUGAAGAUAGCACCACUAUCGAGGAUUCAACAACGGCUCCCGACGAGAACACUACAGCUGGAUCUGGAGAUGACACUACCGUAGAGGAUUCAACACCUAUUCCUGAAGAAACUACCACAGCUGCCCAGGACUCAACUCCUAAAGAUAGCACCACUACCGAGGAUGCUACAACUGUUCCUGACGAAAACACUACAGCUGGAUCUGGAGAUGAUACUACCGUAGAGGAUUCAACACCGAUUCCUGACGAAACUACCACAGCUGCCCAGGAAUCCCCUCCUGAAGAUAGCACCACUAUCGAGGAUGCUACAACUCUUCCUGGCGAAACUACUAUAGCUGGAUUUGGUAAUAACACUACCGUAGAGGAUUCAACACCGACUCCUGACGAAACUGCGACAGCUACCCAGGACUUAACGACUGGUCCUGAAGAUAGCACCACUAUCGAGGAUGCUACAUCUGUCCCAGACCAAAACCCUACACAGAAUACACCAGAAAAUAGCUCAACCAUAGAGGAUACUACAAAGGUUCCAAACGAAACUUCUACAGGUACCCCUGAAGACAGCACAACAAAAGAGUAUUCAACGUGGCCAGAAGAUAGUACUACUGUUAGUGUGAUUACUACUAAUAAUCCUAAAGGCAGCACUACGGUUGAGGAUUCUACUUUGCUUCCUGCUGAAAGUAGUACAACUAAUCAAGUUUCCACUAAAGAACCAGGAGAAAAUACUACAGCUGGCCUGAAACCCACAAAUAAUCCUGGAGAAAGCUCCACUAUUGAGGAUUCUACACCGAUUCCGGAUAAAAAUACCACAGCACCGGGCGAUACUACGAGCAGUUUGACACCGUCUUUUUCAAGUUCCUCAACCACUUCUUUCCCUGACACCACGACAUCAAAAAAACCACGGCCUUCUUGCAGUAGCGGUUAUCAAUAUAUACCCCAUCCAACGAAUUGUCAUAACUUCAUCCAAUGUAGUAAUGGAAAAGAAUUAAUUAUGAGUUGCCCAGGUAAUCUUUAUUGGGACUACCAAAAAUUAUAUUGCUGUGGAGAUUCAAGUGUUUGCUACAAUAAUGAUGAGAGCUCGAAUCCAGAGGAAAAUAUUUGCGGCCCUGGUGUGGAUUUUUUAGCUCACCCAACCGACUGUACCAAAUAUUUUCAAUGUAGUAACGGCGAGGCAUUUGAGGGCAAAUGCCCCGAUCCUUUGUACUGGAACCCUGACAUAAAAGUCUGCGAUUGGUCAAAUAAAUACUGCAAAAAUCUACGAGCAAGUGAAUCGAUUUCCUGCGCAGUGGGCAUGCAUUUUGAUGUUUAUCAAAACGAUUGCUCAAAAUACAUAAAAUGCUUUGGUUUGAGAGGUAUUGUGAUGAGUUGUGAUGCAGGGCUUUACUGGAACCCCAUUAGUAAUGUGUGCGAAAAGUCACAGCGUUUCUGCACUUAAAUAACCAUUGCAGGUAUCUUCUUCGCCAGACUACUUACUGAAAUCAACAAAAUGGGCAGGCGAAAUAUAUAUUAAAAUUGUUAUAAAUUUAUUUAUUUAUUCUGUUAGGAUUAUGUUCUGUUUACAAAUAACAAAUUUAGUACUUAUUUAUAAAAUACGAAAUGUAAACAUUCCUAGUAAACAGAUCUAAUGUUAAGUCCAGUUACAUGUUGAUAUAUUUAUAUGUUGCAUAAAAAAAUAUAUGCACAGAAUCGUUUCAAUUUCAUUAGGUUUUUAAGAUGUUCUACAUAGAUUUGCUUUUUGGAUGCAUGCAAAUUUAUUUCAACAGACUUAGGCACUUUGUUACUUUAUUAUACCCUAUUAAUGGAUAAAUAAAAAGAAUAUCCCCAUUUACAAAAAGCUGUCAGAGGACUUAUGCCUUCUUCAUUUUAUUGUAAUAGUCUA